UGUUCCAGCACAGCAGCUCUGACGAUACAUUGCAAGCAUGACCGGGGACAGUGAAACACACCUAAGGGACCGCGGCGAGAACACCAACGUUAUCCGGCAACCGUUUCUCAUCGGUGUCUCCGGGGGCACCGCCAGUGGCAAGUCGUCUGUAUGUGAGAAGAUCAUGGAGCUGCUGGGCCAGAACAAGAUCGACCACCACCAGCGGCAGGUGGUCAUCCUCAGUCAGGACAGCUUCUACAAGGCACUGACUCCAGAGCAGAAGGCAAAAGCACUUAAGGGCCAGUUCAACUUUGAUCACCCAGAUGCCUUUGACAAUGAGCUGAUAAAGCAAACACUCAGGGAAAUCCUGCAGGGGGAGACUGUCCAGAUCCCAGUUUAUGACUUUGUCACUCAUUCCAGGAAAGAAGAGUUUAUCACGGUGUAUCCGGCUGAUGUGGUCCUGUUUGAGGGCAUCCUCAUGUUCUACUCUCAGGAAAUCAGAGAUCUUUUCCAGAUGAAGCUGUUUGUCGACACAGAUCCAGACACACGACUCUCUCGCCGAGUUCUUAGAGACAUCAGUGAGCGUGGGAGAGAGCUGGAACAAGUGCUGGCUCAAUACAUCACUUUUGUGAAACCAGCCUUUGAAGAGUUCUGUUUACCAACAAAGAAGUAUGCAGAUGUGAUUAUUCCUCGAGGAGCAGAUAACCUUGUGGCCAUCAACUUGAUAGUACAGCACAUCCAAGACAUUCUGAACGGCGGACUAAGCAAGCGCCACAACGGCUGCAUGAACGGCCACAGUACUCCACGCCAGCGGCGGACCUCCGAGUCCAGCAGCCGGCCUCAUUGACCUCGUCCCAACUCUCUUCACCGCCCGGAGAGGGGUGUGGGGAGUUACGCUGUAAAUAAUGCCUGUUGGCAUCCCUGUAUUUAAGAGAGAAGAAAUGCAAAAAGAAUUGAAAUGCCUUUUAUUAUGAUUACUCUUGUUAAUGGGUACUUUCAUUGUAAUUGCUGUACUUGGGAUUUAGAUUUUUUUUUCUUUUUUUUUUUUUUUUUUGUCAGCAGGAUAAAAGAAAAGAUCUUGUUAUUCCUGUGAUGAAACCAUGGGUUAAAUUUAACCCCAUGCAUUUUUCUCCCAAAUUGCUUUUUGUUUUUUAUGUAUCCCCUGCUGCUCCAUGGUAAAUUAUGCCGCUAAUGAAUAAAAGAGGGGAACCCUUUUUCUUUAUUGCAAUGUCUGAUAAAACUUGAACCCCUAAUAGCGGGGGAGAUUCAUCAACGUUUGAGUGGGUCCCAGACGAGAAGGAUGAAAUUAGAAGAUGAGUUAAAGACACCAGAAUUGCACUCUGUAUUUGUACUGACAAUCUUGGGAGUGUUUCCAACCCUUUUGUUCGGUAUUUAAGUUUCUCUGUAUUGUUUAGUAUGUGUUUCACUAGAGGUCUGUUUACUACAAAGUAUCCACCACACUGACUGUAUAAUGUCUGCUGCAACAGCAACACACUGCAUGAUUUUCAAAUACUGAUUAUCAGGUGCAGAAUAUUUUGACUCUCAGAUCAAUGAAGCCAAAGGCUGGAAGGUUCGUCUGACUACUGUAUUAACCCAGUCUAGUGUUGAUGGUAUUGUUACACUUCGGGGAUACACUUGCCUCCUAAUUAUUACAAUACUGAUGAGUGCCCCAAUGAAAACUAAUUUAGAAAAAGUACUAUUUUGUAAAUGAGAUGGUUAUUUAAAUAUGGAUAAAUUAUUCACUUAAAUAUUCCUAGUUUUGGAUGGUUAGACUAGCAUUCAUGAGGGAAUCAAGCCCUGUUUAAUAUGAUUAAAAAUAUGACUAUAUGUUUACUCUCAGGUUGGAAAUACCAUUUUUAAUUUCAAAUGCCAGAAAAGGGGAUGCUAAAGGUGUUCAAUGCCACAGCAAUAUUAGUUGUCCCAGGUGUGUGGCCAUUAACCACCAAGACCCACCACAAUGCCUCUGCAAAGUUGCCUCAGGUUAACGUGUACAGUAAAUAUCCACGCUAAAAGCCAGUUUCCAUUCUUACACUUAAAGGUAUAAUAAACUGUUGACUUAAUUUUGUAUUCCACGUGCUGUAUUUAUUGUGUAUAAAUGACUUGAAUGACUGAUUUGUACCGCGAGAUUUGUACUGUAGGCUGUGUAAUGAUUUAUGACGAUGAGGACAAGUGCUUAAUGGUUAAUAAACUGAUGCAGCCGAC